AAUAGCAAGUGUGUGCGCGUUAAAGACAAAGGGAGAGAGAAGAAACAAAACUUCACACAUCCAUCCAAUCCCUAAAUUUUGUAUCCCCAUUUUCUUCUCUUUCAUUUCACUCUUCUCUCUCUACGAAACAACUAAAACUACCUAAGCUAGGGUUUCUAACAUCAUCAAAUCCUUCAAUCAAAUUCAACAAUGGCGAUGUCAGCUCUUAGACGUGAAGGAAGGCGUUUUACGUCUAUCGUUUCUCCUAAUUCAAUCAAUGUUCUUCGCUCCUCUAUCCUUUCUUCAGAGGAGCAGACAACUUUGGGAACUCGCUACAUUUCUACCCAAAUUGUUAGAAAUCGUAUGAAGAGUGUUAAGAACAUCCAGAAGAUUACAAAGGCUAUGAAGAUGGUUGCAGCCUCAAAGCUAAGACAAAUCCAAACCAAAGCUGAAAAUUCCCGUGGCUUAUGGCAGCCUUUCACAGCACUUCUUGGGGAUACCCCUAGUGUUGAUGUUAAAAAAAAUGUUGUUGUUACAAUCUCCUCUGACAAAGGUCUCUGUGGUGGUAUCAAUUCCACCUCAGUCAAAGUAAGCAGAGCUAUUCGUAAGCUGAAUGAUGGUCCUGAUAAAGAAAUUAAAUUUGUUGUCUUGGGAGAGAAAGCCAAAAUGCAGCUUAUCCGUGAUUCAAGGAAGGAUAUUGAUAUCUGCAUGACUGAGCUGCAAAAGAAUCCUCUGAACUAUACACAGGUGGCAGCACUUGCUGAUGAUAUCUUGAAGAACGUGCAGUUUGACGCCUUGAGAAUUGUAUUCAACAAGUUUGGCUCUGUUGUGUCAUUUCUUCCUACAAUGUCAACUGUCUUGUCUCCCGAGAUUGUUGAGAGAGAAUCUGAGGCUGGUGGAACGCUAGGUGAACUAGAUUCGUAUGAAAUUGAAGGUGGAGAGACAAAGUCGGAGAUACUUCAGAAUCUUGCCGAGUUUCAAUUGUCUUGUGUGUUGUUCAAUGCUGUCUUGGAGAAUGCUUGCAGUGAGCAAGGUGCUAGGAUGUCUGCCAUGGAUAGCUCAAGCAGAAAUGCUGGAGAGAUGCUUGAUCGUCUAACACUUACCUAUAACAGGACUCGCCAAGCAUCUAUCACCACUGAACUUACUGAGAUUAUUUCUGGAGCAUCUGCUUUGGAGGGCUAGAUGACAGGCAAAUUGUUUGUGCUUUACCUUGACGUUGACGAAAUAAGUUCAGUACAGUCUUUUCUCAGCCUUUUGCUGUCCCUUGGGAGAGAGUUCUGAAAAAUCUAUAUAAUAAUUACUCCCAACGAAUUUUUUCUGGGAACAUCAGAAAGCCUUUUCUUCUUUCCGAGGGUUCUUUUUAAAAAAAGUUAUAUUUUUGGUUUUGAUUUCGAUUGUGGAAUAUUUUUAUAUGGUGCCAAGGGUUUGUGCUAAACAACCAAUGUUCUUGAGCUGCCAUAUAUUGCUUAAGUGCCGUCUUUGUAAUUUCCUCAUCCUUGGGCAACAGAAAUGUAUCUGGUACCUGAAGGCACAUUUUUGUUGGUCUUGCUUUCUACUGAGUUUAUAGUUCCAAUCCAAAUUCGUCGUGUAAUGCUGUAUGCGAAACUAACUCUCGUAUGAGGGACUUCCUUUUAA